AUGUCUCCAACAGUGGCCUUUGUUUUGGCCCUGUUAGCCAGCCAUGCUGGGCUGAAGUUGAAUCUACAAAUCAAAAAGGAUGAUGUUAAACGGAUGCUGGAACGGGAGGAAUAUCUGCAUCAGGAAAUGACUCGGCUCCUGCAGGAGGUUGAUAACAACAAAUCCAUCAUGGAAAGCCUGCUCUGUUCUGCACAGCAGCUGCUGUGGCUGCCUUGGCUCACCAAGGCUGGGCAGAAAGGGAAUCCAGAAACUGAAAAGAGUGAAGCUGAACGGAUGCAGGAGCGUGAGGAGUAUCUGUUUCAGGAAAUUACUCGGCUCCUGCAGGAGAUUGAUGACAACAAGUCCAUCAUGGAAACCCUGCUCUGUUCUGCUCAGCAGCUGCUGUGGCUGCCUUGGCUCACCGAGGCUGUUCUGCUCUCUCUGGCCUUUUGGCUGGUCAUGAGAUGGAAGCGUGGCUCUGCCAGUAGGAGGAGGCAGGAGGGAUCCAGCAGCCAGAAGCAGGGCCUGCCCAGCACGAAGGUGCUGCAGGAGCUGGUGGACGAGCUCCUCGGUGUCUGCCGAGUGCUCUCCCGGAGGAGCUUCAUGCCGGAGCUGCACCCAGCUGCCAGGACGGACACCAGCCCUGCAGCCUGCAGCGUCCAGGAGAGCAGCAGCAGCUACCGCACGCUGGUCAUCCUGCGGCCACCCCCCGGCCACUCCUUCAGCCCGGAGAGCACCAAGCGGCCGCCAGCCAGGCGCAUCCGUGUGGCGCUGGAGUGCCUGUGCUCCGGGGAGCAGCUGCUGGGGCACACGUGCUUCCUGCACGCCGCUGGUGGCCAGCUGCCCACGGAUCAGGAGUGGUACCUGCUGGACACCCUCUGCACGGGCUCCUACUUGGACCUGCAGAAAGUCACCCGCUGGGUGCAGAUGUUGGUGCUGUCGGCCUGGCCGCUUCUGCCGCAGUCGCGCCACUGCCAGCUCACGGCGCUGCCCUCCGGCAAGUCCUGCAGCUUCCAGCUGAGCGGCGCCUCUGGCCUGCACUGCAGCAUCGAGAUGGCUCUGGCCGUGCAUCUCAGCAGCUCAGGGACCCGCCUGAGCCUUGAGUUGCCCUCCAGCAAGUCCUGCAGCUUCCGGCUGAGCGGCGCCUCUGGCCUGCACUGCAGCAUCGAGAUGGCUCUGGCCGUGCAGCUCGGCAGCUCAGGGGCCUGCCUGAGCCUUGAGUAG